AUGGAGUCUCAACUGAAAGAGUGGCUGUUUGAGUGCACAGUGCAGAAGUUUGUGUUGGUGAUCACAUGUCUGGAAACCAACGAGGUGCUGGAGAGAUGGCAGUUUGACAUCGACUGUGACAAAUCUGCCAAGGAGAGCAGUGCCCCCAGAGAGAAGUCCAUUAAGAUCAUUCAGGAUGAGAUCCGCUCGGUGAUCAGACAGAUAACUGCCACAGUCACUUUCCUGCCCCUGCUGGAGACCCCAUGUGAGUAUCCAGACCCUUUUCUACCAACAAACUGUUCUCGUCCCUCCUCCAGCACAGAGGAAACAACAGCGGGGAUACAAUACAAAUUCUCCGACAUGGGCGGACACCAGGAGAUCAUUAAUGCAGUCUCCGACAUGGCCGGGACCAGCAGGGAUUUCCGCAACCAGGCGACGGUGCCCUUCCCGCCCUGCACCUGCUCCUGA